GCACAUCAACAUAACUUACGAAAAUUCAUGACGUUGUGUAUUUUUAUUUGUUUUCCACCCAGCAUUGAAAAUAUAUAGAAAUAAGAAAGUGGGCAUCUGGUAACCAAACUGCACCAAACAUGGCAACAAAAAUGGAGGAAGUGUGGGAGACUGAGUCUGGGCGGAAGGGAAGUUAGGGUUUCAUGAGAGCAGUAGCAACAACAGCAUCAAAUCAAGGUCGCUAGGGUUUUUGGGAUUUCCAUGCGCAUGAAUCGAUCGCACCAGCUCCAUUGCACCAUCUCGCAUCGUCGCUUAGUGGGUUGCGAGAGCUCCACUGGUCCCUGCAUGUCCCAUGACUUGGGCGAUGCGUGUGUGCCUCGGAAGGGGCUCCCAGCCUCUUUCUUCCCCACAGUGCACCAACCCAAUCCUGUAGUAGUGGGGGUGCUGAUUUGAAUGAGGGUUGGGGCUGUGCAGUGAGUUUAUAGCGCGACCCAUAUUGUUUAACUUUUAUUUGAUUGCUUCCUUUGUUUAGUUUUUCUUUUUUACUUUUUUAGCCUUUUUAUCUUUCGGAGUCUGUGCGAUUGAGAAGAGUGGGAGGUUUGGUAGAGAGCGUAUACAUUGGCAAUGUAGAAGUGUGUGGGAGGGGUUUGUCUUGCGAGUGCAGGUGAUGGCUCCGGAUUGUUGAGUGUGGGUGCGGGUGGUGUUGUAUAUGUGCAGCAAUUGGGUUUUUUUCGCUGUAGUCGUAGCAGCACAAUUGAAACUUUCAACGAUGUGGAGUGGAGGGGAAGAAGGGGAAGAAGGGGAAAACAGAUUGCGGGGGUUGCGUUGUAGUUGAGUUGUUCUUUUCUUUUAUUUUCUUAUUUUUGAGAUGAAUUUCGAUUAAAAAAUAGUUUAACUUAAAAAAAAGAAGUAAUUCGUGUUUGCAACUUAGUCGAGUCCCUCGUAAAUUUCUGAGACAUUGUGGUUUCAAGUCUUUAAUCACUUUAGCUGGCAACAUCGGAUCCAAAUAGGCUUCUGUUUGUGACAUUGGAUUGGUAAUGGACUUUGGAAAAUCUUCUUGGACCCUAUUGCUGGUUUUCAUCGAGGGAAAACUUCUGGCAUAACUGUGUAACAAGUGGACAUCUGAGACCCCGAAGACUAGGUUUUGGUGUUCUUUCCAUGAUCCUUAGAAGGAAACAGUAGUAGACAUGGCUGUGCCAGCACCUGUUCCAACACCUGUGAUUAUACCUGAGUCCGUGGCUGAGGACCCUGCAAAUCCAAACUUCCAAACGGCAAUGGACAUGGAAGUUGGAAAAGGCCAUCAAGCAGUUCACAAAGUGGUAGUAGCAAGAACCGAGGAUGGCCAUGAGCCUUCAUCUAAGAAGCUGAAGAGAGUUCACGGGGAAGUGGAGAUGGUGUUAAGGCAGACAGCGGAGAUAGUGAUGGUCUUGGUCGGGGUAGCUGCUCUUCGAGGUGGGGCUCAACCUAGCCCUCUGGAAUGUCAGUUGGCUGCAGAGGCGUACGAGAAAUUAGGAGCUCUUGUAGCAGUCUCUACUCCGCAGGAUUUGGUGUCGAAGGACGCUUUGCAAUCCUUGAUGCAGCAGUUGACUGUGCCGCCGUCUCCUCCUGCUCGGCCAGCUGCCAAGCCUGUCAUCAUUCAAUCACCACCGUCUACGGUAGCAGCAGUAGCACCACCAACACAGCGUUCCUCAUCAGCGCCAUCUCCAGCACCAGCAGCUCAAGUUCCGGCAUUAGCAAUUACACAUUCAUCAUCGCAGUCAUCUUCCCCAUUGCCAUCCACUGCUUCAGGAUCAUUAUCUUCAAAUUCCAAAGUAUCCGCACUACCAGCACCUCUAGUCGCAUCUGCUCCAGCUUCUGAAACAAUACCAGCGUCAGCAACUGCAUUGGCUUCUGUAUCAAAAGAAGCUGCCCCAGAAUCUAAAACAGCUGCUUCGGCAUCAAAAGAAGCUCCUUCAGCCUCAAAAACCGCUUCUGUAGCAUCAAAGACAGCUUCUUCAGCACCAAAAGCAGCCGCUCCAGCACCGAAAACUGUACCGAAAGAAAUAUCUAAAGCUGUAGCAUCAGCAACUGGCAAAGUAAAAUUGUUGGAACAAGUGCAAACGUCACCCUCAUUGCUUGUUAGCGAGUCUCCAUCUGACACGCCAUCAACCGCACCAGGGGCCAAUAUUAACACAUCUGCGGCAAUAUCAAUCACUCCAAUUGCUGUUUCAAAGAUAUCGAAAACUGGAGGUUCCACUAGUCCAGUGAAUCUGCAAUUGAAUUCUAUUGUAGAAACUCAACCCACAACCACUGUGGUCAUGAAAGACCAAAGAGGGAAUCAGGCACCGAAGGCCCUAGCGAGGCAAAGGGGUUUGAAAAAUAUGUUCAAUGAGCAGCAGACUGUGUUGGAUCCACAGCAAGCACACCAGCAAAUAGCCUUGGGAGUGCAAAUUCUCUUGAAGCCCACGGUUGUAAUUCCAGCCUUUACGCAACCACUUGGAGGUUAUAUGAGUACCCCAAUUCCGUGUGGCAUAUGUAAGCUGAUGAUGGAUUCGACAAAUGAUGUUCUGAUUUGUGACGGAUGUGACGCUGGCUCUCAUUUAUCUUGCUUACAAAUGAGGUUCAAUGCGAGCAUUCCAAAGAGUGACUGGUAUUGCCCGAAAUGUGUGACGACAAACUGUGGUCGGCCACAGCCUCCCAAGUAUGGGCCCCUGCGCCGUGGACCUGCCGGACAGUCUGGGCCUAAGAAUUCAUGGACUAUGCAGGUACUACCAGUGAAAAAAGCUCCACCCUCGUGAGAAUUAUCAUGGCUGGGUAACGAUACCUUGCUGGUUUGUAAAGCUUUUACUGUUGAUAGGGUCUAGAGUAGAACGAGCUUCAUAAUGGAAAUUCAGUUAGUCAGGAGUUGCUUUUCGAAUCUAUUGUAGUAAUGUGAACCUCAGUGACUAGCUGGAGCGUUGGUGCAUAAGCAUGUUGGCAACGCAGAUACUCAACAAUCCUGUUGAGCUUUUUUGAGAGCCGUUUCGAUGUACCGAGUAGGUAGUUUUUAUUCACGUUGGAAACCUCACCUUUUUGAGUUGGGAGUCUGAAGGAUUAUAUCCUAAGUAUAACGCCCGACUAUGAUCUAUACCUCUUUUAUUGAGGAGGAAGGAUAGUGUGGCCUACCUGACUUGUAUGGUUGAUGGAUUUAGGAUACUCUACUGGGAUAACAAGAGAGGUGGGAAAACAAACCCUGGCCUCAUAGAGUACAUUGAUCAAGCAUACGCUUGACGGAAAAAAUAUAUUCAAGUGGAUA